CUCGGAGUCUCAAAAGGUUUACGAUAAACACAAUGCCCUUUGUGAAUCUAUCUACAAAUUUUCCCCCUCAAGUUGCCCUACCAGGCAGAACUUUUCAGACCCUACUAGCUGCCGCGGGAGCGAGGUAUCACAAUAAGACCCCAUUGACACUCGGCACCCUCACCAUUUGUAUCAUGCCAACUUUACAUCAAGGAAAUUUUUGUCGAGAAUUGGUUGGAGGUAGAUGCCAUGGCGGGCUGGUCAGGCAGGAACUCAAGCGGUCGUACAUGGUACUUUGCAUAGAGGUGGGAGAAAGAGACAUUAGCAAGGUUGAAAACGUGCCUUUGUAUCACUGCGCGGCGCCUGCCACGCCGAGCAAGGCUGACUAUGUCAGUGUCAGAAAAUGCAAGUUGUCGUCUACAGACAGAACAUCUCCUGCCUAAUAAGGUUAUACCUAAGCCUACGGAAAGUCAUCAUGGAUAUCUGACCGGUGAGUACUUGAGUACCGGUGACCGUCCAAGGUACAGUCACAUCCAAGCAAUCUGCUAUGUGUUAGGGCCAUCACGUCAGGGCAACGUCAGUUCUGGCGUCUCUUAUAUAUACUAUGAUAGUGGCGGCUCAUGCCAGUGGCUGGCUCAUCAAUCACUUGAUGGGCUUAUCAGAGCUUCUUUUGUUCGUAUAUGGACCUGUUGGCCAGCUAAGGUUGCUAAAGAGUUGACCGUUAUCGCAAACUUCUGCCGCCCUAGCCUCAUAAAAGCUAUGUCCUACCCCAACCCAGAAGAUCGCAAGCACAACCCACAACGCAAAUCCGACGAAACUACUUCCAAGGUUCGCAGAUCCAAGGAUGCGAAAGAUUCCGAAGACGAACGACCCAAGGAUUAUGUAGCCAGCUCCUCAAACCACGAGAGGUACAAAUUUUCCCGCUUCACUCUGGUUUGUAAUGCAGAGAUUGAUCGCUCAUCAGGUUCACGAGUCGUGGAAGGCAGGAUGAGCAUCUGAGACGAAUGCCGCAGGCACAGAUGCAACCCAACACCUGGUCAAAUCCUCCUCCUCAACAUCAAGGCUCCAGUAUGCAGGCACCUCGUCAAGCUAAUCCUUCAUACUAUUCACCUGCACAAUACGCUCCUGCACAACAUGCUCCUGCACAACAUGCUCCCGCUCAACGUC